CUUUAUACCUGCGUUGAAUGCUUCUUGGUCGUGUUCAGCACGUCUUAAAGGAAAGAAGGUUACAGGAAAGGAGCUAGGAGCGCCACUAUAGCCGAAUUUUUCUGUAAAAACAAACUAAGUACUGACAUUUUAGCCCUAGAAACGUUUAAAUAUCAGCCUCCCAGCAAUUCAUGCGUUAACAUAGCCGCUAGACCCCAUUUUAACCCAGUGUUAUUCCAUUUCCCACACACUUGAAUUGAGGGGCGUGUUAGGAGAAGUAGUGAGCUAAAGAGUUCUGCUAACGUUAGCAUGCUAGAGGGGCACGCAGACACGCUCGUGCACAGCAAUAAUGAAGACUUGCAUUAAAGAACGGGUGUUUGAGCUUGGGCUUCCAGACCGGACCACUCUGAGGCCUGGCUGAGUAACCCUGCUCAGUUUUACUCUGUUCAGUUGGUAAGAAUCCCAACCACAGACUGUAUUAUACGGUCAGUGGCCCCUACAUGAAGCAACCGGAGCAACAGAGACGAACUCUUGACGGCAGCCGAGCUGACCACACUCGCGGUGUUUCUGUACAGACAAAUGGUACAGUGGGAUCUCAGAGCUACACAGAGAGUCAUCUGUUGGGGACAGUCUGCCUCACAGAGCUCAGAGGUCAUCUUCAGGCCAGACCAGGGUAAGCCGGGCAGUCCAGGGUGGAGGACUCACCAUCGACACCCUGCCAAACAACAUGACACAUGUAGUGGAGGAUUCUGCCAAGUAUUACACAUGGCGUAGCUAUGGCCCAGAGGACCAGCGCACACAGGAACUUUGGGUAGACAUGAAUGAUGUCAGACAUGGCCAAGUUAGAGUACAUGGCAUUCUGUCUAAUUCAUACAAACAGGCUGUGAGGGUUGCCCUGUCAUUCGCAUUUCCCUUUUAUGGACAUUACCUGAGGCAGAUUACCAUAGCAACAGGAGGGUUCAUCUUCACAGGGGACAUUACUCACCGUAUGCUAACCGCAACGCAGUACAUCGCACCUCUAAUGGGCAAUUUUGACCCCAGCUACUCCAAAGACUCCACUGUGCAAUACCUGGACAAUGGUGAGGUGUUUGUGGUCCAGUGGGAGCGGGUCAGGCUCCCAGGGAAAGAGUCAGCAGGCGCCUUCACAUUUCAGGCUGCGCUUCACAAAACAGGAACCAUCACAUUCAGUUACCGAGAUAUCCCUUUAUCACUAGAUAAGAUCAGUUCAGCGGAGCAUCCUGUGAAGGCUGGUUUGUCUGAUGCCUUCAUGGUCACUACGUCUUCUCCUCAGUCACCAGAUGGUGAAAGGCAGACGAUUUAUGAGUACCAUCGGGUGGAAAUUGACACUACAAAGAUCUCUAACUACUCUGCUGUUGAGUUCACUGCACUGCCUACCUGCCUGCAACACGAAAGCUGUGAGCUCUGCCUCACGUCCGACCAAACCUCUGGCUGCAGCUGGUGCAGUGUACUUCAGCGGUGUUCAGACGGUAUGGAUAGACACAGACAAGAAUGGCUGGACUUUGCUUGUUCUGAAGAGGAGCAAGACAAAGAUGCAACAUGUGAGGAUUACUCCAGGACUGAAAGCUCCUCAACCAUGCCAGAGACGGAGGAUCAAACCCCUAUGAAUCCUCUACAAAAAGGCUGCAUAAGUGAAGAUGAGACAAAACAUCGCAUAUUCAAGACAGGAAAUGAUGUAAGGACAGAUUCUUCAACCAAGAGCGAUGUGUUGACUAACACAGGAGUGAUAGCAGGCAUAGCAGCUGCGCUGAUGUUACUUUUGGCUCUGAUACUUGUUGCUCUAUACAUCAACUGCCAUCCUAUAGGUUCAUCACCACUUUACCUCAUCCAGAGACGCAAGAGCUACUGGCCAUCCCUGAAGUUUAAAAAGCCACAGCCUGGUUACACAGAAGUGGAGGGAGAAGGUCAUGAAAAGGACUGCAUUGUUGAAGCUGGGCCAUGUUGACUUGAUUGUUGCAAAUUUGGAAAAACAAGAUGUUAUCAAUGAACUACUUUCUUGGUUUUCCAAAAAGAAACUACCCCCCCAAAAAACAUUCUGUUUUUAUACACUGUUCAAGGCACCAUUGCAGAUAGAAGAAUUGUUGCAGGUAAAUAAAGACUGUUUGAUAUUGAAGAUUUGAGAAAAAAUGUAUAUUUCUGUUGCAUUAAAUGGCUGUUGCAUCUAAAAAUUUUACCAAAUAUGACUGCAGUUAAAUGUGCAAUGCAGGUAACAAGAUUGACAACCAUAAACUGUACUUGUUUUAUAAAAUAAUAGCCAUAUGACUUUGCUUCAGUGCUGGUUGCUGUGCUCUUACAAGUGGUGUUGAUUCAUUCGGGUUCCAGUUUUCUCUUUUUUAAAUAUAGUUCCUGAUUAGUGAAGCAGCUUAAGGGGUGUAUGCUUUAAUGUUUGGGUCGAUUCGGUAGUAACGCUCGUACAAAAAGAAGGGAAAUCCACAAAACAUUUUAGCAACUAAAGAAAAUAUGAAAAGCAAAAGUAUGCAGCACUACCUUUUGGUCAGCAGAUGUCACCCUUACCAAAUGUAUCAUACUAAAGUCAAGUAGGGGAUGCAGUGAACGUGGCAGAUGUGUAAAAAUGUGAUCACUGGCUUGGUAAACCCCUUACAAACCUGCACCAAUAAAGAUGAUCGCAUCAGUUUGCUAUGUAAGCACAGAUGGGCCGAGGGCUGAUGUUUUGCACAUGCUGCUGGAUCGAAAAGAAUUCCUCACACACGUAUGAGAUG